AAGCAAUACUCGAGGAGCAGGGUUACAAGCCAGAACAAGUUUGGAAUAUGGAUGAAACAGGUUUGUUCUGGAAAAAGACGCCACAGCGCACUUUCAUCGCCCAAGAAGAACGCCGUGCACCAGGAUUCAAGGCAGCCAAGGACAGGUGCACCGUGCUAUUUUGUGGCAAUGCUGCAGGUCACCUCAUUCGCCCAGGCUUCAUAUACAAGUCUAAGAAACCGCGUGCAUUCAAACACCGCGACAUGAGCUUGCUGCCUGUUUUCUGGAUGUACAAUAAGAAGGCCUAG